GAAUUCUAGAAUGAGAGCUAAAAUUAUAGCAUGUAUAUAAUUUGUUGCAUUUCCUCAGAUUUAGUGGAAAUGCUGGAUGGCUCAAUUGCAGCUGGCUGUGUGUUCACAUAUGGAUCCAAUAGCAUCCAAUUCCAGUCUUCCUGCAACAAGCCAGGAAAGAUGUCAUCCUGAAGUUCUUAAAGAACAGUCCCAGUUAGAACACCUGAGGAAUAAUAUCCAGCAGCAACUUGUGUGCUGCAAAGAUAAGAAACUGAAAGAUCUUCAUGUUUCCAAAGAGCGGAGCUCUUCCUGUAUUCAGCCUGCAGAAAAUAGUCAGCUGGUCUUAGAGAAAGCAGGUUUUUAUUCUGCUGGCCCCCAUAACUGGUGUUUCAAAAGUCAGGCCACCACUGUGCCUUCCCACUGGAGAACUAAGCGGAGAGAAGGUGUGGACAGAGCAUAUCCACUUAAGCCAGUCUUUCACCAGAAAUCUGGGAAUGGUCUCUUACCCAGUUCUUGGCAAGUUGGAAAUGCACCAGCUAGAGAGAUUCCUUCCUGUGGCAUUAGCUCAGAGAAAAUAAAAGUGUCACAUGCAGUGAAGGCUCGGCCUGUAGGGGUGCAUUCUCCUUUUUCUGUACAACCAUCUAAUAGAGCAACUUCUCAUUCACAAAGAGCAGACUCAGGCUAUAUUCAAAAACUGGAGGCUGCUGGGCGAAAUUUGGAGGAGGAGAUCCAGCGAAAGGAGGCUCUCCUUAGGGAGAAACUAAGGAAAACAGAAGAAGAGCUCCGUAAAAUCCAGUGGAAAAGACAGCAGGCUGAGGCAGAAGCAAGAAGAGAGCAAGGAGGAUUAUGGAUGCCUCAGAAGAAAAUGACAGCCAUUUCUCAAGAUUGUGAUUCCAAAUCUAUAGCACAACUACAUGAUGUUGAUCAAAAAGUGCCAGAGACUGUGAUAGCUUCAAUUGGGACUGCCCUGCUUCCACAGACGCUUCAUAUGGAAAGGCUCAAAAAGCAACGAUUGAUAGCUAGCAACAAUAAAAUUCGAGAAAACCUCUCCAAUAUUUCUUCCACUUGUAGCCUAGAACCGGCAUCUAUACACAACCAGUCUUGUUCCCCAACAGACUCAGUGCCAGCAGAAUCAUCAUAUAUAGAGGUUCCAAGCAAUGUAGAAGAUUGGGGAGAGUGCAAUUUUUGUGGACGGAGACUUUACUGUUCCAGACUGGAGAAACACAUAAAUAUUUGCAGCAGGAAUCAUGGAUCCAAGAGAAAAGUAUUUGAUUCAAGCAAAGCUAGAGCAAAAGGCACUGAAUUAGAGACAUAUCAUCUCUUGAAGGGCUCGGAUAUUUCACAGAAAAAAACUUCCAGCCAAAGUUCUGAGGCUUCCAAGCAAAGCAGUGCUAUAUCCAAACAAAGCAAUUGGAGACAGAAGCAUGACUCUUUCAUCAAGACAUUGCGCAGGGCCCGUGAAGUGCAGCGGAUAAUCUCCAAAGGGGGAAAAGCCUCAGAUCUUCCCCCGGCACCAGCCAUGGAAAACCCAGACUACAAAUUGUGCCCAUAUUGUACUCGUCAGUUUGCACCUAAGGUUGCUGAGAGACAUAUUCCCAAGUGCAAGAACAUUAAGAACAGACCACCACCACCACCACAGCAAAAAAAGCGUUGCUAGUAAAUGGACAAGAUGACAGCUGCAACUGGUGUAAUCAUAAUUAGGUUUCUUGCUAUUUUUCUCAGUUUGAUGCUACAGAAUAGCAGCUUCAGUAUAAAACUAAUGAGAAAUCCACAAACUAUAAAUGGAUCAUUAACCCCUUUAUACUACAGGUUAGGGUCAGGCACCUAGAUGGGCAAAAAGUAGCUUUGCCUUCAUCAUCUUGAAACUUGGUAGUCUGUAAAAAUGCUUCACUGGGAUUCCUUGCAUAUUUUGCAGUGGAAUUUUUGUCUGUUUCUUAGAACGUGGAAGAAGGGCGUUGCAACAAGGCCCUUUAAAAAAACGGAAGAAAAUAUGAUAUUUUUAUAAAUCAUGACUCUAUGCUUGUGACUCUUUGAUGGCACCCAAGAUCAGCUUUUUCUUGUAUGAGCUGCCAAAUAACUGAGCUCUCAUGAAAUAAAGUUCUCAGGCUAUGCAAAUUCCCAUUCCUAUGUUGAGUUCCAUAACAAAAAGUACCCAUAUUCUAUAAAAAUCACAUUUUUAAAUUUUAGAAUG